GUGGGGUACAUGGGUGGAAAAGUUGUCUCGGAGAGAGGCUUCCUGGCUUGGGUGGGAGAGGACACUGGCUUUGGGAGUGCCAGGCCAUAGCUGGACUGGUGGAUUUGGUGUGGCUGAAAUCUCCGUUUGGAUCCCAGCGUGGGGCUUAGAUAGGUGGAGGGAGGGGGAAUCGAUGAUGUGGUGCAAUUCAGAUCACUUUGAUCAUUGUCUGUGGCAGUGUUAGUUUUGACUGGAGAGGUAGUGUGGUGACCACAAACACUAAGCAAGGAAUGCUGUGAAGAGAGUUGCACCCUCUCAGAAUCUUUGGCAGCUGAAAGGGAGAGUCUCCCUGCAGAGCCUUUUAGAUGCAUUUGGAGCUUCCAGGGGUUCUGUGUAAAAGCUGUUGUCCAGCUGAAGUGGAUUCCUGUCAUGAUUAGGCAAAGCCCAUUGACUGCCAAAGGGAAACAAGGGAGGUAGUCCUAACAACCUUUGGUUAUCGAGAGAGUUGUGUGAUUUUUUUCCUGUCAAAUGGAAAUGAGUGGAAAUUGGGUAUUCCUGGAGUUUCACAACCUUCAAACGCAUCUUCUGUAAAGUGCGAAUGGCUUUUCUCGGCUUUCAGAACUGAGCUGUAUUUACUCCUUUGCUGCGGUUUAAAUUGUUUCAUGAAAGCUGCAUGCAUGGGGGAAGGACUUUAAAAAAAGCUGUGUAAUGAACUUUACCAUGGCUUUGUGGGCUGGGAGCUAUGCCCAGCUUAUAGGAUGAUCCUCUGGACCAGACAAUUUGCCCACUGUGGGGUCAGAUGGUUCUUCCGUUCUCGGAGUCUCUGUUUCUCUCAGGCUGCUGAAGGCAUGAUGUUCCGGAACGUCCAUAAGGUGCUCUGCGUGGCAGAGAAGAAUGAUGCUGCUCGAGGGAUUGCAGAUAUCCUUUCCAAUGGCAGGAUGAGGCGGAGAGAAGGGAUUUCCAAAUUCAACAAGAUCUAUGAAUAUCAAUAUCACAUGUUUGGUCAGAACGUCUCUGUGGUAAUGACUUCCGUUUCAGGACAUCUCCUGGCUCAUGAUUUCAAGAUGCCAUUUAAAAAAUGGCAUAGCUGCAACCCACUUCUCCUCUUUGAUGCAGAAAUUGAGAAAUACUGCCCUGAAAACUACAUAGACAUCAAGCGAACCCUGGAAAGAGAAGUUCAGCACUGCCAAGCUCUGGUGAUCUGGACAGACUGCGACCGCGAAGGAGAGAACAUCGGCUUUGAGGUCAUUCACGUCUGCAAAGCAGUGAAGCCGAGUCUCCAGGUGUUCCGAGCUCGUUUCUCUGAGAUCACACCUCGUGCCAUCAGAAGUGCCUGUGAGAACCUUGUCCAGCCCAAUCAGAAUAUCAGCAAUGCCGUGGACGUUAGGCAAGAGUUGGACCUCAGGAUAGGGGCUUCCUUCACCCGAUUUCAGACACUGAGGCUCCAGAAAAUCUUCCCUGAUGUUUUGGCAGAACAGCUAAUCAGCUAUGGGAGCUGCCAGUUCCCCACACUGGGAUUUGUGGUGGAAAGGUUUAAAGCCAUUCAAGCAUUUGUGCCUGAGACCUUUUAUAAAAUUAAAGUGACUCACGAUCAUGAAGACGGCACUGUGGACUUCAACUGGAAGAGGAAUCGUCUCUUCAACCAUACGGCAUGCCUUAUUCUCUAUCAGAUAUGCAUGGAGGAUCCACUGGCCACGGUUGUGGAGGUUGGGAGCAGGCCCAAAAGUAAAUGGAGACCCUUGCCACUGGACACUGUGGAACUUGAGAAGCUGGCUUCUCGUAAGUUGAAAAUAAAUGCCAAGGAAACCAUGAAGAUUGCUGAGAAGCUCUACACUCAGGGGUACAUAAGCUAUCCUCGAACAGAGACCAAUAUUUUCCCCAAAGACAUCAACCUCCCCAACUUGGUGCAGCUUCAGACUCAAGACCCCCACUGGGGAGCUUUUGCACAAAGGGUUCUAGACCAGGGUGGGCCUACUCCCCGGAAUGGAACUAAAUCGGAUCAGGCCCAUCCCCCUAUUCAUCCCACAAAAUAUGCUGGUAAUUUGCAGGGGAACGAGCAGCGACUGUAUGAGUUCAUCGUGCGUCACUUCCUGGCUUGCUGUUCCCAGGACGCUAAAGGGCAGGAAACGACAGUGGAGAUUGACAUUGCCAGUGAGCGUUUCAUAGCUCAUGGACUCAUGAUCUUGGCCAGAAACUACCUGGAAGUCUAUCCGUAUGAGAAGUGGAGUGACAAGGUUAUCCCUGUGUAUGAGAAGGGGUCUCGCUUUCAGCCCAGCACUGUGGAGAUGGUUGACGGGGAGACCAGCCCGCCCCAGCUGCUCACAGAAGCGGAUCUUAUUUCCCUCAUGGAGAAACACGGCAUCGGAACUGACGCUACCCACGCCGAGCACAUUGAGACCAUCAAAUCCCGCAUGUAUGUGGGUCUUACUCCAGAGCAGAGGUUUCUUCCAGGGCACCUGGGGAUGGGGCUGGUAGAAGGCUACGAUUCCAUGGGUUAUGAAAUGUCCAAGCCUGACCUCCGAGCCGAGCUAGAAGCAGACUUGAAGCUAAUUUGCGAGGGAAAGAAGGACAAAUCAGUUGUGCUGAGGGAGCAGAUCCAGAAAUACAAGCAAAUCUUUGUCGAAGCCGUGGAAAAGGCAAACAAGCUGGACGAGGCUCUUUCUCAGUAUUUUGGGGAAGUGACCCGUGUUGCCCAAGAAGAAGAAAUCUAUCCAGCAAUGCCAGAUCCUGUCAGAAAAUGUCCUCAGUGCCACAGUGACAUGGUCUUGAAGACCAAGAAGAACGGCGGAUUUUACCUUAGCUGCAUGGGCUAUCCUACCUGUAAAUCUGCAGUGUGGUUUCCUGACUCUGUGCUGGCAGUGAGCAAGGAUGAUUCUGUCUGCGAUGUGUGCAGACCACAUCCCGUUCACAGGUUGAAACUGAAGUUCAAGAGGGGCAGCCUCCCUGCUAUCAUGCCCCUGGAGUUUGUCGGCUGUAUUGGAGGCUGUGAUGAAACUCUGAGGGAAAUCCUGGAUCUGAAAUAUCUGCACGGCCCGCCCAGACCUUUGCAGCCAAACAACCAACCAGCUAACCCUUUGCAAGCCAAUCGCUCCCUUAACUGUGUGUCCAACAAUCAAAACAGCUUUGCUCGACUACCAACAAACAUACCAUCGGGCCCACCAGCUUCCCACACAAAGGUGGCACGAAAUCCAGCCCCCGCCGUUGUUGAUACUGAUGAGAAUGCUGUGGUGUGCAACUGCAGGGAAGAGGCUGUACUGUUGACAGUCCGCAAAGAAGGACCCAACCAAGGCAGGCGCUUCUACAAAUGCAGUGCGGGCAGCUGCAACUUCUUUCUGUGGGCUGACCAAGAAGCAGAUGACAGGAGCAAUCGAGCACUUGGGGGCAGAGGGGAGAGGGACUGGGGACGCUCGUGGAGUGACGGCUCUUACCCAAGAGGAGGUGACAAUGGCAGAGAUGAGGGAAGAGGAGCUACCUGCAGGUGUGACCAACCAGCCGUCACCAGGACGGUUCAGAAAGAAGGUCCCAACAAAGGGCGCCAGUUCCAUACCUGCUCCAAGCCCAGAGAGCAACAGUGUGGUUUUUUCCAGUGGACUGAUGAAAAUGUAGCACCAGCAGCAGGCUUUCCUUCAAGCCAUUUCCAGGGAAGAGAGACAGGGAGCAAUCCCAAAAGGCCAAGCAGCGACUCUUCCAUAAGGGCACCCACGGCCAAGCGGUCGAGGACCUGUGGGAUCUGCCACCAACCUGGCCACACAAGGAAGACCUGUCCUCAGAAUCACUGAACUUUGCCAGCUCCCUGGAACUUGAUUCAAGAACAUCUGGGGAAAGCUGCGAGGAAGAGGAUCCCGUGUGGCACAAAUAGUUGGUGUGCGGCUGGGAUAUCGUGAGUCCGUUUGCAGUUAUUUGAAGUCCUUGAGAAUAUUGACAAAAGAUCAGAUAUGCCUCUUAAGCCAGAGGCAACAUUAAACCACUGUUCGUUUCUUCCUCGUGGAAAAAGCUGGACUAGAUUUUGGGAGUCCUUCCAGUCGCACUUUUCCCCUGGGCAAGGCUUGCAGCUGUCUCGUUUUCCAUUUCAACUGCAUGCAGAAAGGGCAAGGCAGCUUCUUUUCCUAACAGCUUUGUACAGAGAGGUGCGAACGUGAUUCAUUAUGAAGCUGUGUACAUUCUCCCCCCCCUCCCACGAAUUAUGCCAAAGGUCAUCAAGGCAAAAUCAGCAAAGUCAUAUAACAUGAAGCACUUGCUUUGCAAAUUUGAAAGUAUAUUGGGAGGAGACCUGUUUUCUACUGCAUGUAUGCCUCCAAGCAAAGAAAGAGGAGAUGAUGAAACUGCAGAAGGAAGCUCCACAGUUUACAGUUCUUUGGUGGGGGAGAUGUAUGAACGUGAUCUGUAAAUCCUUACUUGUAUAGAAUUCAGCAGUAUCCUUUAUUGAGCACAGGUAGGUGAUCAUCUUGCUGGAUAAAGACACCUUCCUUUCCCCAAGUGAGACCAGAUGGCCUCAGCUGGUUUAUGCAAGAAGUGUAUACAUUGUUUUGCAAUACAUGCAGUUUGACUAUCAUUUCCCCCAAACCAUGCUGCUCUUUAGCAAAAAAGUACUUCUGCUCACCGCUGCCUGGUAAGAACUGGUUUGACUUUUUUAUUAAACUAACUUUUACCGGAAGCUUUGUGCUUGUGUGAUAUUUGAGUGUAACCUUUGUUGGGGCAACAGUAAUUGGAACUCUGCACAUUCUACGCUGAAGCUUAGCUUGUACCUUUGUAGAAUUCAGUUUGUUUUAGGGAUGGAAGCAGUUGAACCAUGUGUAUAUCACUUGCUACCUCGUGCAGCCCUGCUUUAAUGGUUUCUGAGCUUUUAGCAUAAUCUUGCCUGCUUGUUUUAAAAGUUCUUCUUUGCAACUUUGAGGCCUGUACCAUUCCUGCUCCUUUUUCUGAGCUAUGAAGCAUUCCUUUCCCAGUCCUCUUUCUACUCAUUAACAGAGCUCCCUGCCCCCUCCUCCUGUGCUAUUUUCCACUGGUAGAACUGUAGGUGUGUAGUAAUAGCUGAAGCCAGCUCAUAAUAUCACAGUUUCAGGAAGGAGGUUUUUCGUUUGUGAAGAACACGCAGUCAUAUUUUUCUGCAUACCUCCACUACUUGAGGAUUGUAUUAAGAUAUUAUUCAUUUCUAGUAGACUAGAGAUUUACACUCCAUUAUAGAGCCUUCACUUUUCCCACAGGUAGGCUCUUGUUA